CCCAGCGCCGCCACCUCUGCUGUCAGGAUGGAGCCGGAGUCCGACAGCACCAAAGCCGCCGCCGGCAACCGCAAGCACCUGGCCAUGCUCGAGCGCCUCUCCAAGCGCACCGCGACCUCCUCAUCGGAAUCUCCCGAGGCCUCCCCCGUCGCCGCAUUCCUCUCCCGCUUCGCCGCCGCCAAGGUCGUUGCGGAGUCCGCCCUCUCCGCCUGCCGCUCCUCCCCCGACGACGCUCCCGCCUCCCUCGCCGCCGCCUCCGCCGCCGUCGACGACCUCGAACGCCUCGUCGCGGAGGCAUCCCACUCGCUCCCCCCAUACGAGCUCCGCUCCGCCCUCGCCGCCGUCUCCGACCUCCGCGCCGCCCACAAGCUCGCUGCCUCCGAAAUCCGACCCAAGAAGUCAUUCUCCUUCAGGAACAAGAGCAAAGCCACCAAGAACCCUCCGCAAGAUCCACCUGCCACGCCCCAGCCACCUCCGGAGCAGCCAAAGCCUACUUUCGAUGCCAUCCUGCCAGGGCUUGGGUUCAGGGGCAGGAACGGCGCUACCUUGGUGAAGGAUCUGCGAGUUGCCAACGAGAAGGAUGGGGAUUUCACGCUUGCUGAUCUGGUUUCAUGCGAGGUCUACCUCAAGGGCAAAUGCCGGGCGCUGUACAUUCACAAGUUGAGAGAUUGCCGUGUCUUUAUUGGCCCUGUCUUCGGCUCGGUCCUCAUAGAGGAUGUCGAGCGCUGUACGUUCGUAAUGGCCGCGCACCAGAUCAGGAUUCAUGAAGCGAGGGCAACGGAUUUCUACCUGCGGGUGAGGAGCAGGCCGAUCAUUGAAGAUUGCAGUGGUGUGAGAUUCGCACCACAUGCUUUGAAGUAUGUGGGGAUUGAAGAGGAUCUGAGGGAUUCUGGCCUCGAGGAGGAUACUGGUAAUUGGGCCAAUGUGGACGACUUCAAGUGGCUCAGGGCAGUGCAGUCACCAAACUGGUGUCUGGUUCCGGAGGAAGAGCGUCUGCCGACUGUAGACAUUUCAGAAGUUCAUGAACGGGAUGAUUGUAACUGAGCUGCUCGGGAGGUUUUGCUCUCAGCUCUAGUUUUGGCUUAUAUUUCUGGACUAGUUAAUAUUUAUGCUUACGGUGAUUACCUGUUUCUGUUUGUUUACGUUAAUGGCUUCAUUGUAUCUAGGGCUUGCUAAAUUCAGGAUUUGGAGCAUGAGAGAUUAAAUGUGUGUUCAGAAAUAUCUUGAUCAUAGUUACGCAUACCUAGUAAGAUCAUGAAGUUUUCUGUGCAAGAAACAUACUUGGUGUAUGAGUUUUAGUUGCUGGCAUCAGAAUCCAGAACUGUUGAUUGAGAAAUAAAAAA